ACAGGAUCACACCUCAGCACCAGAAACUGGUUCCUAUCAGCAGUUAUUCCAAUCUUCUUCUUCGCCACGCGCUUCCCGCGCGUGUGCGGUAAAGGUACAACUACGUCAGAAAAGCUUAGAGUGAAAAGAUGCCUCACCAAAAGGUACAACUGUAGAUAGUGGAAUCAAUGGGGAUAGCAGCAGCCAAUUGCAUCACCAACGCAUAACUAGAAAAUCUAACGCUCCUCACCACACCCCCACGCGCCGCUGUCCCCGAUGGGCGCCGCCGAACCGGUGGAAGAGAAAUCGGAGAGAGAGAAUGGGGAGAGAGAAGCGGAUUUGGAAAAGGGCGAGCUGAAUAUCCAAAAGGAAUCGGUGCAAACACAUCCCCCAAAUGCGUUUCACAUGUCCAGAAUGCAGCGAUUGAGCGCCACAAACCCCCUCCGCCUCGUCAUCGAUAAUGCGACGCGAGUCGCAUCUCCCUCUCCAGCUCGCCCCCCGCCGCGCCCCUCUCACCCGCCGCCGCGCGCCUCAGCUUCCCCUCCUCCUCCUCCCCCUCCAGUCGAGACGCCGCCGCCGCAAACGCAAUCGCGAUCAAUACACACUCCGCAGCAAUCGCCGGUGACAUUGAAUUCGAGGAAAUACACAAACAAAAUAUCUCUGUUUGUGUUCACUCUGCACACAGUGGCGGCGGUGUUGCUGGUGGGGUUUCUAAUAUACAGGGGGGUGAAGGGGCUAUUAGAAGAAGGCCAAGCGCGGCGGCGAGAGCAGCGCGUGUUGAAGUAUUUCCUCCCUCAGGUGGAGGCCGCCGCUCUCCUCAGCAUCACCCUCGCAUUCGUCUGGCAAAAAGCCGUCAGAGUGUGGCCUCACAUCAUGGUGCACUUCAUAAUUUGGAGCUCUUUCGCCCUAACCCUAACCACCGGAAUCCUCCUAAUCUGCUUCCAAACCCCCGCCACCGACGGUGUCGGCGUCCUCUACAUCGCCUUCGCCGUCGGCAACGGCCUCUACGCCUGCUGGGUGACUCAGAGAACCAGUUUCUGCUCCAAAAUCUUCGUCAAAUCGCUCGAGCCAGUCUCCAAAUUCUCCGAUAUAAACCAGCCUACUUAUUGGAUGCUCGGAGCUGGAUUCUGCUGGAUGUCAUUGUGGAUAUUCGCGGUUGUUGGGGCGUUGAAUUUCCAUUUCCCGGCAUUGACAAUAAUAGUGCUGGUUCUGAGCUUGGCUUGGACUGCUGAGGUGAUGAGGAAUGUAGCUAAUUUGACAGUUAGCAGAGUGAUUGCUCUGUACUAUCUUAGAGGAAUGCAAUCCAGCACCCAAUUCUGCUUCCAGAGAGCCUUAUCGAAUAAUCUCGGAAGCGCCUGCUUAGGAUCGCUCUUCGUCCCCACCAUCGAGGCUCUGAGGAUCGUGGCCAGAGGGCUCAAUUUGAUAGAAGGGGAAGACGAGUUCAUGUUCUCGUGCGCGCAUUGCUGCCUCAGAGUGAUGGAGUCCAUCUUCCGGAGAGGCAAUGGCUGGGCAUAUGUGCACAUUGCAGCGUACGGGAAAGGCUUCGUGAAGGCAUCUCAGGACACGUGGGAGCUCUUCGUGAAGAGGGAGAUGGGCGAGGUUGUGGACUCGGAUAUAACCACAGCCAUCUGCUUCCUCACGGGAGUGUGCAGCGGGGCAAUCUGCGCCAUCAUGGUGUCGUCAUGGACGUGCACCUUGGACCGCCCGGGCUACAUCGGGACGCUCGCGGUGCUAGCUACCUUGAUCGGAUACCUAAUGACUAGGAUUGCAAUGGCACUGCCUCAGGCCUGCGUGAGCUGUUACUACGUCUGCUACGCGGAGAAUCCCGAGAAUCGGCUGUUUGAUGAGACCAUACCCGCGCGGAUCGAGUUGAUCAAAUCGGGCCGCCUGGAAGCUGUCGUCCCGACGCCGAGGGUUCCCCGGAGAUUCCAAAGGUAGCCUAAUGUAAACAUUGAUACAUUUUAUGUACAUAUGUUGGCCUAAUGUAAACAUUGAUUUUAACUUAAGGUUGAUUUGUGACGCAUGAAUAAGGCAGUGUGUUAGACUUAGAUGUUCGAAUUUGUAGCAUAUUCAAAUAGAAUGAAUAAUGGUGAAGAUGAAGUGAGUGCUUUAGGCACAUUGAGAUUUAUUCGUAUUAGUUUAACUUUAUGGGAUCUACUUUUUGGGAAAUAUACGAUGCGAUAUUGUGAGUUGUCCCACCAUCAAUAUUGUGUCUUUUGUCUUA